AUGGUGAUGGGGUCCUUCACGCUGGACAGGGUGGGCAGGAGGUUGCCUCUGCUCUGCCUGGCGCCGCCCUUCGUGCUCGGCUGGAUGGUGCUCUCCUUCUGCAAGGACGCGUGGGCUCUGCUCGUGGGCCGCUUCAUCACCGGCUUCUGUGGCGGCGCCUUCUGCACAGCCUGUCCUGUCUACACUGGAGAGAUCUCCGAGAAGGAAAUCCGCGGCGCACUAGGCGUCUGUUUCCAGUUCAUGGUCACUUCAGAUGGGUGGAGGGCUACAUGUUUUGGACCACCUGCAGGCAUCCUGUACGUUUACGUGGUGGGUAAAUGGUCGAACCUGAUGUGGCUGUCGCUGCUGUGCUCCAUCCCGCCCAUCAUAUUCUUCGUGCUGUUCUUCUUCGUGCCGGAGUCUCCGAUAUUCCUGCUGAGCCAGGACAAGACGGAGAACGCGACGGUGGCGCUGCGGUGGCUGCGUGGUGGCGCCAACGCCGAUAUCACUGCUGACCUCGCUGAGAUGACCGAGACAGUGGCCCACGCAAGGGCGCGUAAGGGGAAGUUGAAGGAUAUGUUCGUCUCACACGCAGCAGGGCGUUGCCUGGGCAUCGGCUUGGGACUACAGUUUUCCCAGCAACUGUCCGGUAUCAACAUCAUUAUCUUCUAUUCUGUGUCCAUAUUUGUAUCUGCGGGCAGCGGCAUGGACCCCAGCGACUGUGCCAUCAUAGUCGGCGUCGUACAGGUGCUGGCGACCUUUUUGUCUACAGUGCUGGUGGAGUGUGCAGGCCGGCGAAUAUGGAUGAUGCUGUCCAUGAGUGGCAUGGGCAUAUGUCUCCUCUUAAUGGGAGUGUACUUCUACAUGAAGAACAGCGAUCCAGAGACCGCAGACAACAUCGGCUGGCUCCCUCUGCUGUCCAUGUGCCUCUACCUGCUCUUUUUCUCUCUAGGGGCCGGCCCCCUACCCUGGGUCGUCAUAGGGGAGAUCUUCCCAGGAGAGAUCAAAGGUAUCGCCGCCUCCAUUUGUGGCGGCACCAACUGGACACUCGCCUUCAUCGUCUCAAAGACAUUUGUCAACUUGGUAGACGCCAUCGGGACUGACGCCACUUUCUGGCUGUAUUCUGGCAUCUGCUUCCUCGCCACAGUUUGGAUCUUUUUCCGCGUUAUUGAGACGAGAAACAAGACACUGGAUGAAAUUACGAAGGAAAUUAUUGGCGAAUAGAUUAGUUGGUUUCUUUUCACUAUAAGAAAGUCAGUUCGCUAUUGCAUCAAAUAAAGUUCAUUUCCCGUGGACAUCCUGUGGCAUUCUUCUUCUUAAUAAUCAAAUACAAGAAGAAUUCCAAUCUAUCCUCCAUUACCAUAUUUCAGUAUACGUUGCCUUACCUCUGUUUUUUCCUCUUUUCAUUUCUUCCGAAUUUCUUUUCGAAAAUUGUCAUCAAAUAUAAACUUUUCAUCUCCAUCUGUUCUCACAGCUUCUUUUAUUGUAAUCACAAUAGCUUCUUGAAAUUGUUUACUACAACUUUUUCUCUGAAAUCCUAUACAUGUAACUGUUUUGUCUGUUUUUCGUUCUGUGGUUUCAUUUAUUUCUGCCACUCUACUGCAGGUCUGGACUAAACAGUUUUUAUAGUACUGGAAUAUUGCUGUUAGAAGAUUCAGUGAUUCUUCAAUCACAUACAGUGAAAUGUUGUAAUGACUGUUGUAUUUAACACUUUAAAUAGAAUAAAUACCUAAUAACAUUGGUGUA